AUGUUAGCAAGAAUAUUUAAAAAACAAAGUCGAUUUUCCGAAUUUUUAUUAUCGAUUAAGAAUCCCAGGUAUCAUUUGAAAGAGAGAUGUUAUCACAGCGACAAUGAACAGAUACCUAUGGUAAAUUUAGCAGAAAUCAAAAAGAUACUUAAAUCUGCAAAUAGUCAAAUUUUGGAAGGAUAUGCUUGUAUAGUGACAAAUUUUGACCUGUGUCAAGACAAAAAUCGAAAAAAGGAUUGUAAAAUACAUAUCAACAAGAUGACGGGUUUUUUUAUUUGUGAAAACUGCAAAAGGAUAGGACCUUGGACUGGGCUGGAAAAUUUUUUACAGCCUAAAAAAACGAAAAAACAUCAAGAGGAAUUAUUGCUUGUUCAAAAAUCAAUGGAAACAUUACCCGAUUUCAGUGAUGAAUGGAAAAGGAUCAAGAAAACUGCCAUUUCAAUAGAUAAUUUAUCCAAUGAUGCAUAUCAAAAUAUUGUUGAAAAACUUGGUUUAGAGCACGUAUCUCAAGAGGUCAUGUCUCAAAUGAAUAUCCUUUAUGAAGAGUCAACAGAAACAUUAUACUUUCCACUACUGGCAUUUCGUACUUUGAUUGUAGGAUAUAAAUCCUUAUGUGUUAAAUCUGGUUUAAUUAAAACUUUUCCCGAAACAAACGCAGCUGGCAUAAUUAUUUAUAAACAAAAGAAUAUAAAAUCUGAUGGAAUAGCAGUUCUUGUUCCAAAUAUAGAAGAUCUCUUAGCUGUAGCUUCAGAAAAAGCUGCCAAUUUAAUAAUAUGUCUUCCUUAUGGGCUACAACACAUCCCACAGCAAAUACUGCCAAGCUUAGAAAUAUAUAAAAAAUUGAUUUUAUGGUUUGGAAAUGAUGAGCCAAGCUGGGAUACAGCAAGGCACUUUGCAAAAAAGCUCGAUGAAAAAAGGUGCGACUUUGUAAGACCAAUAGAUCAACAACCUAGGCCGAAAAUUGCAGCAAAUUUAGGAUAUGACUUGAAAGAAAUUAUUCAGAAUGCCCAACCGAUUUGGCACCAAAGUAUUACAACUUUUCAAAGUUUAAGGCAAGAUGUUUUAAGUGAUUUGCAAAAUAUAGACAAAGUGCAAGGAGUGAAGUGGACAAGGUAUCCAGCAUUAAAUAAGAUUUUAAAGGGCUUCAGAAGAGGAGAAUUCACAGUACUUACAGGACCAACUGGUUGUGGAAAAACUACUUUUAUGAGUGAAUAUUCAUUAGAUCUUGCAAUGCAGGGAGUCAAUACUUUGUGGGGAAGUUUUGAGAUAAGAAAUGCUAGAUUAGCCAAAACUAUGCUGCAACAAAUGGCUGGUGUGCCAUUAGAUGAAAAUUUGGAAAAUUUUGAUAGUUAUGCAGAUAAAUUUGAGAAACUGCCUAUCUAUUUCAUGACAUUUCAUGGCCAGCAAAGUAUCAAAGUUGUCAUGGAGGCUGUUGAGCAUGCUACUUACGUUCAUGACAUUGCUCAUGUUAUCAUUGAUAACGUGCAGUUUAUGAUGGGGAUGUCGGACGAACCAAAAUUCAUGGACAGAUUUUGGAAACAAGAUAAAAUCAUCUCAGCCUUUAGAACAUUUGCCACUAAAUUCAAUUGCCAUGUUUCUCUAGUUAUUCAUCCCAGGAAAGAAAAAGAAGAUGGAGAUCUCACAACUGCUUCGAUUUUUGGAGGAGCAAAGGCGAGCCAAGAGGCUGAUAAUGUCUUUAUUGUCCAAGACAAGAGAUUAACAAGCGCCCGUGGAAAGAAAUUCCUACAAGUGGCCAAAAAUCGUUACAGUGGUGAUUUAGGAAUAAUGCUACUCGAAUUUGAUCGAUCUAGUCUAAGUUAUGCUCAAAAAAAGAAGUCGAAACCUGAUUCUGAAGUUAAAGUUGAACUAUUUGUAUGA